AUGCGCCCCGCCGUUCCCCAGAUCCGCCUCACCGAGACGAGUACCCCAUCCGCCGUCCCCCCAUCCGCCCCGCCGUCCCCCAUCCGCCCCGCGGUCCCCCCAUCCGCCCCGCCGUUCCCCAUCCGCUCCGCGGUCCCCCAUCCGCCCCGCCGUUCCCCCAACCGCCCCGCGGUCCCCCCAUCCGCCCCGCCGUCCCCCCACCUGCCACCGUUCCCCCAUCCGCCGACCCCGCACCCCGCUCCGUCCCCCAUCCGACUUGCCCAAUUCGACAGUCCCGACCCCGUUUUCCCUCAUCUGCUUCCCCGUUUCCAUCCGCCGUCACCCAUUUCCCUGCUCCAAUCCGCCUUCAUCCCAUCCCCCCCAAUCCGCUUUCCCCAAAUCCGCCGUUCUCCUCAUUCACCUGCCCGUCGUCCACUUUCCCGCCAUCCGCCUUUCCCCCAUCCGCACCCCCCUCAUCCGCCGUCCCCUUUCCGCCUGUUGGUGACGGCGUGGGUGUUGUGUGGGCUGGCUGUGGCGGCAUGGCUGCUGUGGGACCAACACCCGCUGCAUGAGCCCCCCUCCCAUAAACGCACCCCCGUUCCCUUCUCGCUCUCCCUCCUCUCGCCACUGUCUCAGCGCCCUGCGCCCUGGUUCACAGUGCUGGUGACAGCGUGGGUGCUGUGUGGGCUGGCCGUGGCGGCAUGGCUGUUGUGGGAUCGGCACGGGCAGUACGAGAGCCGCAGGGAGGAGGCGCUGGGCGUGUGGUGCAAGGAGCGCGCCCUCAUGCUGCAGCAGCUCGUGCUCACCCAUGUGGGGCAGACCCAGACACUCACAGGCAUAAUAUCAGUGAUGGGCAAGCCAGGGCAGAGGCGCAAGUGGGAGCUGGACAUGUGUUUGAACGGCAGCACGUGGGAGGCGUACCUCACUCACACCGCCUAUGCUCGCCCAGGCAACACUGGGGCGCUCUCCUGUGUUUUCGUGAAAGACGAAGAGAGACCCUACUAUGCCCAGCAGUACGGCAGCAUAAGAGACCACACUUGCAACGCCACUCGUUCGUUUCUUUUGUUCCUGUUCUGUUCCGUCCCGUUCCGUUCCGUUCCGUUCCGCUGCGUUCCGUUCCGCUGCGUUCCGUUCCGCUGCGUUCCGUUCCGCUCCGUUCCGUUCCGCUCCGUUCCGUUCCGCUCCGAUCCGUUCCGCUCCGUUCCGUUCCGCUCCGUUCCGUUCCGCUCCGUUCCGCUCCGCUCCGUUCCGUUCCGCUCCGUUCCGUUCCGCUCCGUUCCGUUCCGCUCCGUUCCGUUCCGCUCCGUUCCGUUCCGCUCCGUUCCGUUCCGCUCCGUUCCGUUCCGCUCCGUUCCGUUCCGCUCCGUUCCGUCCCGUUCCGUUCCGUUCCGUUCCGCUGCGUUCCGUUCCGCUGCGUUCCGUUCCGCUGCGUUCCGUUCCGCUCCGUUCCGUUCCGCUCCGUUCCGUUCCGCUCCGAUCCGUUCCGCUCCGUUCCGUUCCGCUCCGUUCCGUUCCGCUCCGUUCCGCUCCGCUCCGUUCCGUUCCGCUCCGUUCCGUUCCGCUCCGUUCCGUUCCGCUCCGUUCCGUUCCGCUCCGUUCCGUUCCGCUCCGUUCCGUUCCGCUCCGUUCCGUUCCGCUCCGUUCCGUUCCGUUCCGUUCCGCUCCGUUCCGUUCCGCUCCGUUCCGUUCCGCUCCGUUCCGUUCCGCUCCGUUCCGUUCCGCUCCGUUCCGUUCCGCUCCGUUCCGUUCCGCUCCGUUCCGUUCCGCUCCGUUCCGGCGGCCUUUGAGAGACAGUACGGCAGCAUCAGAGACAACACACUCAACGUCAGUGCCCACCGCCCCAUCUACUGUCCCAAGAUCUUGCAGUCUUCCACAACAGUGGCGAUGAACGGCACGCAAAACGUCGACCUCAUGAAGCGAUUUGUCACAGAGGUUCCACUGGCUGUGGAGGGAAGGCCCUUCUACACGUGGCCGUAUCCCCUGGCUGGUUCGUCCACCAAUGCUGGAUUCGGCGUGGCUUUUCCUCUGCGCCGCAGUCUCCCCUCAAACGUCUCAGGGCAUACAACCGCAUCAAUGGUGUAUGGCACCCUUGCCGCUUCCGUUGACGCAACAUCCAUUGCCAAGAAGGCUGUGGAGGAGUUGUAUGCACGUGACCCAUCAAAGUCUUUCGAGCUUUACGACGUCACAAAUCGGUCGAUGCUCUUCGCCAUCGUCUCACCAGUCCCCCCGCACAUCUUCUUCCUUCCCAACGACCCCGUCGCUCGCAUGCUUCACUCUCCUGCGUCCGAAACCCGCCCCUGGGAAAAGCCGGCUAUGGUACCUCUGGAAGAGAUGGGAGCAGGCGUGCGCAAGUAUGAGGUCUGGUGCAGGCACACUGAGCCUUCCAACGCAUGGCAAUCGUGGGGCAUCCCCAUCCUCAUCGCUCUCUUUGCCCUCCUCCUCGUGCUGCUUGUGGUGGUGGCGGCUCGGAUUCAGCGAGCCCAGUUCUUCCAGACGCAGCAGCAGAUGGCAGUUGCAGACAAUUUGAGGAAGGAAGCAGAGGAGGCAGAGGCAUCAAAGAGCAUGUUCGUGGCGUGCAUGUCGCAUGAGCUCAGGACGCCAAUGACUGGGAUCAUCGGCAUGAUCGAUGCUUUAACGGAAAUGGCUCUCCAACCCCCUCAGUUGUCAGACCUCCUCACAGCACGGGGAUGUGCUAUGGAUGCAUUGCAUCUGGUCAACCGUGUGUUGGACCUGGCGAAGCUUGAGGCAGGCAAGGCGGUGGUGGAUGAGACGAGCCUCACGGUGCGCGACUGGCUCCAUGCCGCGUUGGAGUGGCAUGCGGAGGAAGCACGCUCUAAAAGCAUAGAAUUCCAUAGCAUUGUGGACGAUAACGUUCCAGGUCACAUCAUUGCCGACCAGAUGCACCUUUCCAAAUUGCUCAAAGAAAUCGCAGAUAACGCCAUGAAGUUCUCGGAGCAAGGCCGAGUGACAGUGCGGGUGUCCCUGGUGCCUCGAGGGACAAGCUUGCAAGACGCCCUUCAUUGCCAGGGCCUUUCCACUGCCGCCAGCAACGCACCAGCGUCCACGCUCACCAGCCGGGCUGCUGCCUUCCUUUUCUCAUCAUGGGACUGGCUGAAGGAGGCCGUGAGGAGAUUGCCAGCAGCAGCGGCAGCGGCGGCAGCAGCAGCAGCAGCGGCAGCGGCAGCGGCGGCAGCGGCAGCAUCAUCAAGUGCAUCGAGCAGCCCAUCGCGAGAUUGGCCUGCGGUGCUGGUGGUGUCGUGCCGGGACUCAGGAUGCGGCCUGCCGCCGUCUCUGCUUGGAGUUCACACCAGCAAGGAGCCGUCGCACUUCUCGCUCGCGGUGAGCUUUUGUUGUUAG